AUGCCGUCGCUACGGCCGGUACAGCCUCUGGUGCUGCUGCCCAAAAAUGUGGCUCUAGGAUUCAUGGGCUUCUGCUGCAAAAACCUGAUUUCUGGAUACCACGAUACUUUGCUCCUGACCAACCUAUCGGUGCUGCUGUGGCAGGGCGCGGUGCCCUAUGCUUUGUACUACUCGGAUCCAGACAGCAGCUGGAGAGCUCUCUGGUUCUUCCUUGCUGCGCUGGGCAACUUCUACGCAGCCGCCACUGUGCGCUUCAACGACUCUGGCUUCACCAGUGGCCUAUGCAUGUUUCUGCCGCCAUUUUUGAUGUUCAACCAGCUCCUGAUCUACGCUUUGGGCUAUCCCACCAUGGUCCUUGCAGGCGCGACCUGCGGCCGAAGCUUGGUUCUUCACUUUGGCGCUGACCCUAGGUGCUUCCUGUGCCUGAUUGCUGCCGUAGGCAUGGGCUGGUUCUUCCGCGAUGUGUGCUGCUGGGUGCCGCACUUGGGACAUCUUGGAGGAGCUGGUUCAUCGGAGGGCUUAGAUGCUUCCUAUCAACGAGCUGGGCGCUAUCCUGCCUGUUUCGCAGCAGCCAUGGUGUUGGCCGCACUGACUGCAGCAGCCUUCAGUUCUUGGGUGAUCCACAGUGGUGUCAUAGCCCUGACCUUGGCGGUGGUGGCGUGCCAGAUGGGCUUGACCAUCUUCAGCUUUUGA